UCCAGCAGACGGCUGCUCCGCACACGUGUGUGAGAGAGGGAGGAAGGAAGGACAGACGCAGAUCAAGGUGAGAGAGAAGCAAAGUGACUUGCAGAUGUAUCACAGAGGACAGCAGCUAACAAACUAGCAGCAACACUUAGUCUAAACAGACAUAGCAGAAAGUGCCUGAACAGUGACAGAGAACAGGGAGGAAAAAGGACUUCCAGCAACCUUGUGAUCUUGUCCCCAACACCUGGAGUAUCUGACCUCCGAAAUGUCUUUUGCAAUGCUGCGCCAUGCCCCCCCUGCCCGCUUCCGGUACCCUGAGAUCAGCAUGCUAUCAGAUGAUGAGGACAGUGGCAGUGACAGUUCGGGAUGCGGUGACAAAUCUUUUCUUCAUCCAUCUGACAGAGGGGGCAAGAGUGGGGACAAGAAAUGCCCACGCUUGCACAGAGAGCCUCGCCAACGCCACACGGCCAACGCCCGAGAGAGGGACCGCACCAACAGCGUCAACAGCGCAUUUACCGCCCUCCGUACGCUCAUUCCAACAGAACCAGCAGACAGAAAGCUCUCUAAAAUAGAGACUCUGCGCCUGGCAUCCAGCUACAUCUCUCAUUUGGGCAAUGUUCUGUUACUUGGGGACACAUGUGGAGAUGGACAACCCUGUCACACCAGCACACCUUACUACCAACAUCACCCUACGACAACCAGCCCCAAACACAGAGAAAGUGAGCAGGGUCAGCCAAAGCAGAUCUGCACCUUCUGCCUCAGCAACCAGAGAAAACUGGGCAAAGAUAGAGAACGGAAAACAGCAAUAAGGACCUAACAAGAGGAGCGGCAGACACAACCAAUCAGCUGCCAGGGAUAUGAACCACUGCAGGACCCCCCAAUCCUUACAUGAGGGGCUGAGCGGAGAAGCCACAUAGGGCAGACACAAGAGGAGAGACAAUGUCAGCUGAGACAGGACUGGCCUGUCACUCCCUCCUCUCAUCUGCCGGCUCUGAUAUGGCAUUGUUAUCCCAGGGACAUCUGAGUACCACGGUAGCACCGCAAGAUCGUGGGAUUGAAACUCAGUAACCUAUCUCAAGCACAGCAGUGAAGUAAUAUGAACUCCUGAGCUGCCCACCUGACGCAGGAUUGCCGCAGUGCAGGAGAUAUGUAAAGGACAAGACUGGAGCAGCGAGCCCCAACCUCAAAUCUGUAUUUUAUUAUUUAAUGUUGUCUGAUUUUCUUAAACUAUUAAUAAAGAUUCCAGGGCUAAGCUCUAAUUAAAAUGAAA